AUGAAACUAGAAGAGGGUCGAGCUGUCCGCCCGCCGCUCAUCCACGAGGAAGAAGUCUCCCAAUCGUUUCUCAACAAUUACUUCAUCGGCCAGAACAACAACCUCCCGCAAACCUUGACGCGAGCAGACACUGGUCUUUCACCCUUGGAACAGUAUGCGGAUCGUAGGGAAUUCCCUAGUCUCCAUCCUGGUGAGAAAUGGGGAGAGCGACGCCCCACCGAGACCCUGGACACUAUUAUGGUCCCGGGCGGCUUCCAGAAGCCCUUCGACGAGCCCGACAACGAUCAACAAGCUGAGCUCGAGAAGCAAUGGCCUGAACCCAACGCCUCGACGGCCGAUGGAUUGAGCGACGGUCAGGCGCAAACGCGCCUACAGCGACUACCACAGGAUGUACGCAAAGAACGAAGUGCAAUGUCUCGAUGGUACCACAUGGCCCUCAGACGUUCUGCUGUCAAGCCUGGUCCAUAUAGUGGUCUCGACUUUGCAGCUUCGUUGCCAACAGAGCAUGCGAGCUCCAUCCUCUCCCGAGCCGGCAGCUCUCUAGACUCAACGCGCCUCAUUUAUGUUGUCGAGUACAGGCACGAAGCCGACAUUCUGUCCGGAUCCUCACCCCGUCCCUUCAAAACCAUGGCCAGUCUAAGACAAUACCUCAAGGCUGCCGACACGGACGCCAUUCUCAGGCUCAUCUACACAUGCAAUGACGAACAGGCGGUUGACUGCUUGAGCAGCGACUUUGGCAUCAGCAGCUCCAGUGUACAAUACGGCGAGCGAAACUUCCGAGACUGGAUGCAAGAGGAUCGCUCCUCGAGACGUGCUGCCGGCAAGGCUGUCAGAUGGCGCCCUGCUCUCGACACGGCUAGAAACCUCAUUUGCAGUGCAUUUGCCGUGGACUUUGGGCGGCCCCUCGUAUCCCGUGUUGCUAAGAGUGCAAAGACUUCGCGGGCACGCCUGAGUGAAUCUCGACAGCGUCAGCGGGCUGCCGUCUACAUGCAGCGCCCCUCAACAAGCAAGAUUCCCGGCGCCCGUGUGACACGAUUCAGCACUGGCGUAAGGUCUCUGCCGGAAUACGCAGCUUGUCCUACCAUCAUCAUCUCCGAGUACUCAUCGAACGGAGUAGGCCGCAUCAUCACAGAGCGUUCCCUGCUCGGUGUCGGCGUCUCCGGUGCCGAAAAAGCACAAGCCGUAACCAAGACCAUUGAGGAAAUCCUGUCUCAUCUCUUCGAAGGCAUCUGGCAACUAUGGGAGACGCAAAUCAUGCUCCUCCACGAACCGCACGCCGAGCUAGAAGACUUCAUCUGGUCCCAACCCGCCGACUCCAGCCGGGCACGCGAAGUCUGGUCCAUGUCGCAAAAGCUCCACACCAUGCUGAAACACAUCAACCGACACGCCAGCCUCUUCGAAGCCGUGCAGGAAGACUUCAAGAUCUUCACCGAGCGCAACGAACACCAAGACUGGCUCGAGCCCCUCCUCGACGAAUUCAGACAGCUCUCCGAAACCAUCCACGUCGACUACGUGCAGCCGCUGGAACACAUGAUCGAUCUAAUGUACAAGUCCGUCACGAUCCGUGAUUCCCGCCAGUCCCUCGAAUUGAACGCCAGUCUGUGGCGCCUCUCCUGGAUCACCUUCAUUUUCUUGCCGCUCACUUUCCUCAGCGGCUUCUUCGGCAUGAACGUGAGCCUCUUCGCCCACAACCCCAGCAUUCGCUGGUACUUCGUCUCGGCGGUCCCGCUCCUCGUGCUGGUCGUGGCUUUUUGGUUCGGCGUCAGGAACUUGGCGCCCGGGUCGAAGAGGAUGGGUGGCGGCAAUGCGGCGGCGGAGUUGGAAUAUCUGAGAAAUGGCACCGUGCCGUCAGAGGUGGAUUUUGGUGGAGAUGAGGGCGACAGCAAUGGGGAUGCUCGGCAUACGCUACGCAAGAGCCUGGCGCGUUUCUCGGGCGGGAGAGCUACGUAA